AUGGCUAGAAAUUUUGAUGAUAUGUUUAAUGAGGCUUUGUAUGGCAAAAGAAGACGGCAAGAUAACACACUCAUAGAUAAUUGGAUCGAUGAGUGUUUAUUUGAAGAUUUAGAAGAAGAAGAUAUCAAUAGAAGCUCUGUCCCAACUCCUCGUAGAUGGAUCAAUAGAGAUCGAGAAGCAGGACAUGAUCGUCUUUUCCAAGAUUACUUUGCAGAUGAACCGAGGGUUGAUGCAAUUGGAAGAAGAGGCUUGUCACCACUCCAAAAAUGCACCGCUGCGAUACGGAUGUUAGCAUAUGGCGUAGCAGCUGAUGUUGUUGAUGAUUAUGUGUGCAUAGGCGAGAGCACUACAAUUGAAUGCUUGGAAAAAUUUGUUGAAGGUGUCAUUUUGGUGUUCGAGGAUGAAUACUUGCGGGAACCAAAUCUGAAUGAUGUACGACGCCUGCUACAAAUGGCGGAGGGUCGUGGCUUUCCUGGCAUGUUGGGUAGCAUUGGCUACAUGCAUUGGCAAUGGAAAACUUGUCCAAAGGCAUGGAAAGAUCGUUCUCCAGUGUUCGAUGAUAUUCUAAAUGACCGUGCUCCGGAGGUAAAUUAUAAUGGUAAUAAUUAUACUAUGGGAUACUAUUUAGCAGAUAAUAUUUAUUCUGAAUGGGCCACAUUUGUCAAAUCAAUCUCAAAGCCACAAGGGGAGAAACGCAAGUUAUUUGCACAAUACCAAGAAGGGCAAAGAAAAGAUGUGGAGUAA